CAAGUAUCAACACUCCGGCGUCAACAGUUACUGUUGCUGAUGCAAAACAAACGUUUUGCGAAGCUGUUUGAGGAAGAAAAAAACAUUAGCUAAAGACCUGUGUUUGACCAAGGACGAUGUCUGUGCCUUUUUCAAACACUCACCUUCGGGUUCCACGUGGGUUUGGCAAUGUCUUGGAGGGGUUGGCUCGAGAGGUCCUGCGAGACCAGCCCAAGGACAUCCCCACCUUCGCUGCCCUUUACUUCACUGCUCUUCUCAAAGAGAGAGAAGACAGUGGCUUGGACCCCGCAGAGUGGUGUGCCAGGCUUGAGGACAGAUUCUACAACAAUCAUGCAUUCAAGAACUCACCGAAUCAAGUCAACACCAGUCCAGCUGAUGCAACUCUGAAGAUUUCUAAGAAAAAGGAUGAUCUGACUGAAUCUCAAACAGAAGAGGAAACUGGUAAUAUUGAGCCAGUUGGGAUUCCAUCUCCCACAAACUCAAACCUUGAUGUCUGUGAAGAUGUGCAGGGAACUGAAAGUCAAGGAAAGGAUGAAAUGGUCAAUAUCACAGAUAAAGAUGUGAUUUCAAUGCAAAUAUAUCCCUCAGAGGUAUCAGACAAUAGACUCACAGAUAUGGAUGUUAGCAUGACAGGCAAAGAUAUGAAUGAAAGAGCUGACAAAGUGGUAUGCCUGUCUGAAUUUGAGCCCAGUGAGGACAUCUCACUCGGUGGACUUUCAAAUGUGGAUGUAUGUGCUGAAGAACUGAGGAAGACUGAAGAGGGAGAAGAACACACUUCUCAGGAAAUCAGCACUGGUGAUGAUGCCAUUCUUGGAAGCUUAAACGAAAUGAACCGCAGUAGUGAAUUUGAACUUACUCAGGAAGUCUCAUUCACUGGACUUUUCAAUAUAGAUGUAUGUGCUGAAGAACUAAGAGGGACAAAAGAGAGAGAGGAACAAGGCACUCAGGAUGGCCUCAGUGAAGGCUUCAAAGAUCAAGAUCUUGCUGAUGCUCAGGAGAGUUCAAUAUCACUCAUGUAUGAAAUUAGUGGACGAUUAUCACCACCCCAAACUGAAUCUCCUGAACCUAUUCUACAGGAAACAACUGACAAUUCAGUGUGUGUUCCAGAAGAGGAAGGAAUAGAAAAUCUAAUUGUUUCCACAACAUAUACUGGGCAAACGCAUGAAGUUGCAUCCUCCAUUGAUGAUGCCUCCAGAAUCUUGUCAGAUAACGAAAGUUUUUUAGGUGAUGAUGAAGAACAAAAUGAGGAAAGUCUUGUUCAGAUCAGCACUGAGGAGGUACCUAAAACCCUUAAGGUCAAAAUGUAUGAACAGCAGCCAGAGGAGGAAGGUUCGGUUGAGGCUUCACAAACUGAGGCAGAACGACCAGAUGCUGUGUCGGAGGAUGCUGAGGAAGAAACGGGCCUUGUUGGACAUGAUACUCAAGACUCUGUUGAACCGAACACUAACAUCGAAGGGGAAGCGGAGGCAGUCACUGCUGAGGCUGAAGCUCAGAUAAAGGCAAUGGAGCAUGAGGCUGCUGAUAUAGAAGUGGAACAAGAUUACAAAUCUGAUUCCAGUGAUUCAAGUGACGAAGAUGGGAAGAAACUGAGUAAGGUGAAUGUCCGCACUCCUAACCAGCAGGCCUCUCAAAUAGAGCAGAAACAAGAGGAUGAAACUGAUCAUGAGAACAAAGAUCUAAAUAAGAAGGAAAUGGGUGAAGACAUCUCUCCGGAGGAUUCUACUAAGAUGGAAAAUACGCAAGAGAAUGAUAAUCCUUACAUCAGUGAUGAUGACACGGAAAUGGGGGAAAAAUACAUUUCAAACGCAUAUCAACAAGGUCCUUCGAACGAGGUUAGACUUGCAGAGCUGCAGCAAGAGGACGCUGAGAAAAAGACAGGGGACACAGCUGAGCAACAGGAGGAUAUAGACGCAGUGGAGUACAGGGAAACUGAACUAAAAGGACUUGGAAAAGAGGACACAAUGACCCCGUCUCAGGACACAGACCAAACUGAUGACAACCCAGAGCACAUGCCAGAGGGAGAAAUAAAGGACCGUGUGGACAAGACUUAUGACAAGGAAGAAUGCAGCCAACCCCAGGAGGAGGAGGACAUCAUGGACAUACCUCUGGACGACCCAGAGGCCAACAAGGCAGCUGCCAAGAUCCAGGCUGGCUUCCGUGGUCACAUGACCAGGAAGAAGAUUAAGCCUGCUGACAAGCCUGAGGGGGAGGAGGAGGAUGAGGAGGUGAGCAGCAGUGGUGAGGCCCUCAACGGCAACCAGGGGGGGACAGAAUCAGGAGGAUCGGACGGAGUAGAGAGAGAUGACACAUCUGUGCCGGAACAGUGAAGCCUCUGACCUCGAUGAAGAGAAGAAGAAGAAGCAUGGCUGUGGCUGUACCUUUUUUUCCUGGAGGAGCAACUUUCUAUGUAACACAAAAUAGCUGUGUAUAAUCCAGAUUUUGGGAUGCAUCAUUUCAUUUGUGAACUCUUUAACACUUUCCUGCUUCCAGCCCCAAUUUGUGUGGGUCGUCUUUGACCCAAAUUUGCAUCUCUCACUGCAUGUACUUGUGAAACUUCUGGUAGUGUGCUAGUCUAGAAGAAGCUGAUAAUAAGUGUUUUCCCAUGCUAAACAGGGCUAAUUUGAGUUGAAUAUAAAGGUUGUGUACAAUUAUGCAUUAUGAAUACACUUCAACCGCUGGAAUGCUUGUUUCUGCGUUGUUUCAAGUGCUUGUAUAAUUACUAUUUCAUUAUUUUUGGCGUACACAAUAUUGCUAAAAGGGAGGAAGAGACCCUAUUGGUUAUUGUAAGGUAUAUUAUUUAAGUUAAUGAUUCAUUUAUUGUUAUCUAUAUUUGCAGUCUUUAAGUGUUGUGCACCAUAAUGAAUAAUGGAAUCACUUUCACAUAUUGGUCAGCAUUACCAUUUUCUCCAAAUCAGAUCUUCCAACACAGCAUGCAGUGCAGUGUACUAUAGUUUAUUUGCAGAUAGUAGUAAUCAUGUACAGUUUUAUCCUUAGAGAAAUGGAGUCAUAUCAUCUGCUACUACAGUAUGUUUAUGGGUACAGAAUUUGUGUUUCAUAUAAAAUGCUGACCUAAAUCAGGUGUAUGGUAUUACCAUCGGGUUGGAACCUAAAUUAUAUUUCAAUCAUUUGUUCUGAACUGGUUCUUACCCCCAAAAAGUACCCGUUUUUUUUUUUUACAUUAUCUUGACAUUAAAUUACUUCACCAAUCAGUGCGGAUAGAGCAGCUUGCAAUGGAGCGGGCAAGCCAUAGUUGUUUUAGCCUAGUGCAUGGGCGCUAUCUGCUGCCUACAUGCUGACCACACCACUCAUGUCAUGUGCGCGAGCGUUGCAAAAUAAAUGUACACAUACAUGUUAUUCAAUCAUUGCACCCACACUGCUCAAGAGCGUCAACGAGCAUCUGCGUAGCCAGUCGCUAAAAUAGAACUUGGUUCUAUUUGUUACACUUGAUGCGCUGCAAGUCCCGCCUCUCCCAUCUCCUCAUUGGUUUUUAGCAGCAUAUACCCACGUGGGUGAUUGAAAGAUGAACUGAGGUCCACACUCCAGCCCAGUUGGUAGUGAUAAUGUACCUUAAAGUUGGUUUGCAACCGCCAUAUAAAGUCCAAAGAAAAAGAAGAAGCCUGAAGGAGGAGAGUUUACUAGAAACAAACUCGGUUUACUGUUUUAUCUGUGGAUUAAUUGUCAGAGUAGAGGACCUUGUGCAUUUCAGUUAAAAUAACAACCUAUUGUUUAUAUCCCAGGACAAAUUAGAUAGCAACAGCAAGCUAGCUAGCUAAAUUGCCAUAAAAAUGUAAAUGUUUUUCGACCUGUCCCCAAAUUAAUAGAGUUGGUUCAGCAUUUGUUUUGAUAUUUCUACCUGCGUGUCCUGAUCGCGUCUGGUGUGGGUGGACAAAAUCAACAUGCGCACAAUGGCGCGUGCGCGCCGGUCUGGUCAGCAUGUUAGGCUACAGUUGUUUACAUGCGUGAUAGACGGGCAAGUGUAUGGCAUGAGAUUAGACUGAAAUUUUGCUGGUCGGGAGAGAGAGAGAUGGUGGAUGACAUGCUGACCACACCGUUCGCAUUGCAAAAUAAAUGUACACACAUGUUAUUCAAUCAUUGCACCCACACAGCUUGCGCGCGUCAAUGAGCGUCUGCGUGGCCAGGCGAUAAAAUAGAACUUAGUUCUAUUUGUGACGCGCUGCAAGUCCCGCCUUUCCCAUCUCCUCAUUGGUUUUUAGGAGCAUAUACCCACGUGGGUGAUUGAAAGAUGAACUGAGGUCCACACUCCAGACCAGUUGGUAGUGGUAAUGCAGCUUAAAGUUGGUUGCCAACCGCCAUAUAAAGUCCAAAGAAGAAGAAGCCUGAAGGAAGAGAGAUUUCUAGAAACAAACUCAGUUUACUCUUUCAUCUGUGGAUUAAUUGUCGGAGUAGAGGACCUUGUGCAUUUCAGGUAAAAUAACAACCUAAUCUUUAAAUCCAAGGACAAAUUAGCUAGCAACAGCAAGCUAGCUAGCUAAAUUGCCAUUAAAUGUUUAAUGCUUUUUGACCUGUUAAUAUAGGUUUCUAUGGAGGAAUGUUGAAUGUCUUUGAACUUCCGAGAGUUGGCUUAAAGUUGGACCAAAGCUAGCUAGCUAUCUAUCAAGCUUGUGUGUGCAGAGUGGCACCAGAAUUAAAAACACGUCUUCCCUUUUUGUAGUUAAUAAAUCCAAUGUGAAACGUGAUAACUAUAGCAUCUGUAACUAGCAUUAAAAAAAUGAAUCCAUUCUUCUCUUAAAAAUCUCCCUAAUUUCUGAAUCACGCUUGUAACGUCAGUAGGCUACAGUAGACUAAGCUUCAUAGGGAGAGGGGCCGGUUGCCUACACAUGCACACACUGGCAAAGAUUUUCAGCUGUCAGGCAGACAAUGGAAUAUGUUUCUGAGUGACAGAGUAAGGGCAUAGGCACCUUGUUGCAUUACUUGUGGUACUGAUGAAAAUGCCUGGAACGUAAAAUAACAUUAUUAAAGGGUUCCCAUGCUUUUAAUUACGGUUCUGUUCCAGAACAGUAUAGAUCACAUUCGUUCCGUUUCUGAUUCUAUUCCUCUAAAAAAUGUAGUUAUUUUCCAGUUUUCGGUUUUGUUCCCUGAACCAGUUCCAACCCCUGAUUAUCAUCAUGCUUCAUGAACAGAUUUAAUGAAAUCAUUGUAAAGGAAUUACAGUUGUGAAUCAAUAAAUCCAUAUAAAAUGUU